CAUUAGGACUAAGCUAACAUGGCGACUAAUGAUGAUGAGCCUAUGCAUUUAUACGAAGUCUUUCAGAACUGUUUUAAUAAGAUAGCAAAUAAACAGCAAGAUAAAGCUAGAGAUGUACCCUACACUAUGCCUUAUCCUUCUCAACCAAUUGAGGUCCUUCCUCAGGACUGUGUUAGUUUUCCUGGAGGUGAAAUCCUCCAGAACACAGAUGCUACCUACUUUCAAUUCAAUGGUUUGCCUCAACAAAAGAUACUUACCAUUGAUGGAAACAGAAAUGGUACAGUCAAGAGAAAGAGAGAUGAAAUGGAAAAUGAUGAUCUAGGUAUCCAAUGGCCGUAUGGAGGACCUGAAUGUGAAGAAGACACACCUAAGUAUUCAGCACCUAAAUCAGCUCUUUAUGGAGAGCCAUAUUUUGUGGAAGCUCCAAAUGGUGGUGCUGACCCAUGGUCAUCUAGCCUUAACCUGCAGUCAUCAUCAUAUGCAUACCCUUCAGCAGUAAUGGCUAAUGCAGGAUCCCAUCUCCCUUCCACAUUGUCUGCCUUUUCAACCAUGCAUCUUCCUUCAGAAACAAUGGGUUUUCAAGGUGUCCCCCCUACCCUUGACCACGCUGUUAUGCCACCAGGUCUUCCGCCCAUGUCUAGUUUUCAUGGCCCGUCCAGUCAUGGUGCAGCAGUGUCUCAAGCAACAGCUUCUUCAAUAUAUGGUCAGAACAACACUUCACCAGCCCCCAUCCAUACCUCUGACCAAUUAGUAAAUAGAGGGGCUUCCCAAACUGGAGAUGCUUUAGGAAAAGCAUUAGCUUCAAUUUACUCCACUGAACCCACAAAUGGCACUUUCUCUUCUUCACCAACGACACCUGUCAGUUCACCACCUUCCAUUUCGGGUGUUCCUCAGUGGACCCAUAAUUCUCAAGUAGCCCCACCAACCGUUUUUACAGAUGGAACACCACACCAUUUGCUAAAUAGUGAGGAAGACAGACUUAUUGAAGCUAUUCACCUCCUUCGAGACGAAGUGGAGGCUCGAGGUGUAAUGGAGGAGCGUCUCGAUGAUGCUAUUAAUAUCCUAAGGAACCAUGCAGAAGGAACAGGACUUGUACCUGGUGGUGACCUACCAAAUUCUGUAAUGCCAGUCGCUUCAGCUGCUGGACAUUCCAGUCGGCUGACGGGAAACAUUGGAGCACAUCAUUAUCCAGGUUCCCUUGGAAAAUCUGCUUUAGAAUCCCAUCCAUCAAGUUCUCAAUCUUUAGGAGCUAAGAAUCAGUCAUCCUUACCUAAUUCCUCUGUACAGUCAAGUGCAGUACAACAAGCCGGGUUGCUAUCUACAUCAGAUCUUGGUCCAGCUGCUAAGAUAGAUAAAGGUAAAGUUGACAGAAGUUUUCGAGUUCGCAGUAAGUCAGCAACUCCAAAUACUAGUAUCACAUCUGUUUCUCCAGCUCUGUCUUCUGACUCAAGUACAUCUACUGCGACAGUUACAACUGCCACCUCCACUACUCAUAGCAAAGGAACCAAGCGAUCUCGUUCAGUGUCUGCAGAUGAAGAUGAUGUUCCAGAACUUAAAGCUGAGAAGGACAAAGAAAGAAGACAUGCUAAUAAUGCCAGGGAAAGAAUUCGGGUCCGAGACAUCAAUGAAGCAUUUAAAGAGCUGGGGAGAAUGUGUAUAAUGCACUUGAAAACAGACAAAUCACAAACUAAGCUAGGGAUUCUUCACCAAGCUGUUGAUGUUAUCACAAGCUUAGAGCAACAAGUUAGAGAGAGAAAUCUUAACCCAAAAGCAGCCUGUCUGAAAAGAAGAGAAGAAGAAAAGAACAGUGAAGGCCCAACAUUAACAAUGCAUGGGCUUCACCACCCAUCUACGGGAUUAGAUUCCUUGUCUCAUCAUCAGAUGUCUACUCCCAUACCAGGACAGCAGCCACCAUUGCCUUUAACUCAUCCCCAACAAUAGAAUGCUUCCAGUGGAAGUAUGACAUUUUUCAGUCUUUGCCUCUUCUAGUUGCCUGUGAAUUGUACAGAAUGGUUGGAGUGCAGAACUCAUCUCAGUGCUUCCUUUCACUUAUAAUGUUCACUCUAUAGUUAAAGCAGGAGUAGAACAGUUUAUUCGUUAAUGAUAUGUGAUUCCAGCUUUGGAAGUACAAGACUAUGCAAUGAUUUGGUUAUAGACCCAUAAAUGAAACUCCACUACCUAUUCAACACUUCUCAUCUUAAUGACUAUCCACAGAAGAAAAGCUAUGAAUAAAAAAUAUUAUCAAAAAAUCUGCUAAAUUUCAGAUUGUAUAAGAUGAUUAUUAAAGGCCAAAAUAACAUAACAAUGACCCUUAUCAAAAUACAGUGAAGAUUGGGUCAGUGGAAAAAAAAAAAAAGCUUUUUUUCUAUAUACGACCAGCUUCGUUCCAUGGACAAGCAGGAAUAUUGUAUGUUUGAGAACUAUAAUUUGAGAACACUUUUUGUUUCUACAUUAUUUUCAUUGUUUAGAGUAGAAGAAAAUUUUCAACGUUCUUAUUUUCUGCAAUCUUUAAAUGUGUGUUUUAACUUUUUGUUUUUAUGUUUACCUGCAUCAACUUCACUGGUUAAAGUGGUACACCUUAAACAUUUGUACUUAUUUCAGAAGGCAAUGAACUCUUUUAAAGGUUGAAAUUAUUACACUGUCUUGUACACUUUUUACUUGUACAUAAUCUUUAAUGUAAUACUAUUACUGAAAAACGUUAAACAAUUUCUUCUUAUUGUGUAUUUGAUGAUUUUAAUGUACUUAAUCAUGAAAAACUUUUAAUUUUAUGACUGCAGUAUUUUAUUUCUGUUUUUUUUUACUUCAAGUAAUUAAUAUAAAUUCAAAUAUAUCUAUUGAUCCCUCUAGUAUGGCUACUAGUAUCGGAUUAAUUUUACCAAGAACAGUGAACGUGUUAGUUUUGCAUUUGGGUUGUGUCAUUAUUUCAUAUAAAUAAUUUGUAUAUUGUAUGUUUUUUUUUCUACAUUAUACAGUAAUGUAUUCUUACUUUAUAUAGUAACUAGCAAAGGUGCCCAGUGACGCUAGACUUAGAAAAUAAAUUGAGCUGUAGCACGUGAGCUGUUCAUUUGACGCAUGGGAACCCAUGCUUCAAGAGGCAUUCAGUGUUAAUUUUGUUGGGUGUCAAUUUUUUACUAACUUGCUUCUGAUCUCCUUGUUCAGCUGAGCAUUAAGGUGGUAAAAUUGAUAUUGCUGGCAAACUGUAACCAUUUAUGUGAUUGUUCAUCCAUUUAAGCUAGAUUUUUGGGGGUCCCACUUGAGUUCCUUUACCAAAUGUUAUCAAAAUUGGGUCAGCCAGAUUUCCACAGCAAGUUGUGGCAAACAGACAAAAGGAUAACUCUGCUUUAUAUAUAUAAAUUAUCAUUUGAUUACAUUAUGAUGAAAAGAAUGUAGUAAUUAAACAUCACUCACUAAACCUUACGGUAAAAACCAGUUCCUGUCUGUCCCUGAAAGUUAAAAUAAAAGAAAUAUCUCUCAGAUAUUUAUGUUCUCUAUAACCAAGAAGAUUGCUAAUGUAUAUUAAAAGUUUGUUAAUUAAAUAAAACUCUUACGUCCUGGUAAUAAGAGGAUGUAUUGUUAAAUUUUUUAGUUAAUGCAGUUGGUGUAGAAAAUUGUAAAAACACCACCUGAAAUUUUUUCAUUGCAUAUGUUUUUUUGUUUUACAUAAUAAUAAUGCAGCUUUCUGUUUCAUGAAAAUAUUAUAAUCAUUAGCAGCUAUGUUUUCCACCAUACUAUAACAUUUUGUUGCAGUGCAACUAGCAAUUAUAUGUUAUUAUACGUUAUAAAUUAUAUAGCCAGCACUCAUGAUAUUCAAAAGUAUGGAGAAUCGAUAAGAAAAAAGUUAAUAUCAGAAAAGUAACUGAA